GUUCUGACAGGUUCAGAGAAGAAAGGUCUCCGUUGGAAAAGCUGCGGAAACGGGGCUAACUUGUCUCGAGGAGCGAGUGGUAGAAGCGUCUUCUCCGGUCGAGAGAGGGAGCGAGGGAGAGCGAGAAAGAGAGAGAGGAGCAAGGAUCCAUCAGUUCACAAAAUCUGCCCGCUUUCAGACGACUAUUCCGUUAGGACACUGUGACAGAAGGCCUAUAGUGAUGGGCGACAAGGCGGGGACCAGAGUCUUCAAGAAGUCUAGCCCCAACUGCAAGCUCACAGUAUAUCUGGGAAAGAGAGACUUUGUCGAUCACCUGGACCAUGUAGACCCAGUUGAUGGAGUGUUGCUUAUAGAUCCGGAGUACUUAAAAGACAGGAAAGUCUUCGUGACCCUGACCUGUGCGUUCCGGUACGGCCGAGAGGACCUGGACGUGCUGGGCCUGUCGUUCCGGAAGGAUCUGUACAUCUCCACGUUCCAGGCGUUCCCCCAGCUGCCGGAGGAGAAGCUCCCGCUGAGCCGCCUGCAGGAGAGGCUGCUGAAGAAGCUGGGCCAGCACGCCCACCCCUUCAACUUCACUAUCCCCCAGAACCUGCCCUGCUCUGUAACCCUUCAGCCGGGCCCUGAGGACACUGGGAAGGCGUGCGGCGUGGACUUCGAGGUGCGAGCGUUCUGCGCCAAAACAGUCGAGGAGAAGAUCCACAAGAGGAACUCUGUGCGCCUGGUGAUCAGGAAGGUGCAGUAUGCUCCAGAGAAGCCGGGGCCUCAGCCCAUGGUGGAGACCACCCGCAGCUUCCUCAUGUCCGACCGCUCCCUGCACCUGGAGGCCUCGCUGGAUAAGGAGCUCUACUACCACGGAGAGCCAAUCAGCGUGAACGUCCAUGUCACCAACAACUCCACCAAGACAGUGAAGAGGGUCAAGAUAUCCGUACGCCAGUAUGCUGAUAUCUGUCUGUUCAGCACCGCUCAGUACAAGUGUCCUGUAGCCCAUUCAGAGACUGAUGACCAGGUGUCCCCCAGCUCUACGUUCUGUAAGGUGUAUACCCUCACCCCCACGCUGACCAACAAUAGGGAGAAGAGAGGGCUGGCCCUGGACGGCAAACUGAAACACGAGGACACCAACCUGGCCUCCUCCACCAUAGUGAAAGACGUGUCUAAUAAGGAGGUCCUGGGAAUCCUGGUGUCCUACAGAGUCAAGGUCAAACUGGUGGUGUCCCGCGGAGGGGAUGUCUCUGUGGAGCUGCCCUUCGUUCUGAUGCACCCCAAACCCUCUGACCAACCCCCCUCCAGGCCACAGUCAGCUGUUCCAGAAUCAGAUGCCCCAGUGGACACCAACCUGAUAGAGUUUGAGACCAAUAAUUUCUCUCAGGAUGAUGAUUUUGUGUUCGAGGACUUUGCGCGUCUGCGGCUGAAGGGAAUGAAGGAUGACAAGGAUGAGGAUGACCACUUCUGCUAGCUCUCCCUCCCCCAAUACCAGACACCCAACCUGGGCUUGAGGGGCUAGGAGAGUCCCUGGUCUCAACGGCCUACAGCACAUCCCCGUUCUCUCAUCCCUCUUCUUCUCUUCCUCUCUCUCCCUCCUCAUCUCAUGUCCUCCUUUCUUCUCAUCUCUCCUCCUCUCCUCUCAUCUUCUCUUUUCUCUCAUCUUCUCCUCUCUUCUCUCUCAUCCUCUCUUCUCCUCUCUCCUCUCCUCUCAUCCUCUCCUCUCUCUCAUCCUCUCCUCUCUUUUCCUCUCAUCCUCUCCUCUCUCUCCUCUCAUUCUCUCCUCCCUUUUCCUCUCCUCUCAUCCUCUCAUCCUCCUCUCCUCUCUUUUCCUCUCAUUCUCUCCUCUCAUCCUCUCCUCUCUCUCAUCCUCUCCUCUCCCUACUCCUCUCUCCCUGCCUUCUUUCUCUAAACCCAGGGUCAGAAACAGAGAACAAAUGAAUGAAAGAGAGAGAAAGUGGGGCAGAAGUGAAGGGAGAGAUGGAGAGAUCUGGGGGAAAAAGCCGUCCAACAUCGUUAGGUAUAUAUUCUAUGUUUGGAUCCGUAGAUUCAGGGUUGAUUGUGUUUGUGAGGUCUCAGUGGAGGUGGAGCAGAUGUUGGCUAUGAUGUCAGAACCAUGUUAAAUCUCUCUCUCUGCACAACUACUUAUAGGGAACACAAGCAUAGGGUUUAUGCAAUUAUUAUUGUCGUCAUGUUUUUCCUUCUUGAUUAAUGAUGAUUGAUUUGACUAUGGCACUUCUCCCUACACACACACACACACGACUACCUUAUCUAUUAUGUUGUUUAUCUAUUACGGUGUGAACAGUGACUGUGUCCAUGAAGUAGAGGUGUGCGUUUAGAUACCAUCUUACAGGCAGAGGUGUGUUUUGCGUCCAUAAACGAGAUGCGUGUGUCAGUGGGCCUGCAGUGUGGCGUUGUGGGCUUGUAGAAGGACAGGAAGGACGUGGGCGUACGCGCACACACGCUAAUGCCAGGGGAUGGAGCUGGGUGUCAUGGCGCCCCCUGGUGUCAGGUAGAGGAAGUGCUGCUCUGUGUGUCGGGUUCAGGGAUAGGACUGCUGUAUAUUUGAUGUAGAAGUCCCGAAAUAUAUUGGAUUGUAAGCACAGAUCUGGGGUCAGGUGAGAUGUGAUCCUAGGUCGGUCUGUAAAAGGCAUAGUUUGGUUCUGUGUCUCUCCUACUAUAAGUCUUAUAUAGUUUGGUCUUAUAUAGAGUUUUGAAACCAGCAUUGUUAUUUUCCUCCUAAAAUCUAUAUAGAGACAGAUCUUAGGACACGAAUCAAGUGGAAGGAGGGCAAAUAUAUAUAUAUAUAUUAUUUUUGUUGUUAUAUUCUCCAGAGAUAUACUUAAUUCAAAUGUUGUCGUUACUUGUCCUUUUAUGGGUGAAAAACGACAUUGUUGUAUUUUGCGUGGUAAAGAAUCAGGUGAUGAUGAUGAUGAUGAAGACCCUGCUGUAGGCUCGUCUGCUGUAGAUGUUCUGCCACUCGGUCAUGGACGUGGGAAGCCGGUCUUAGUACACAGCUCUCGCUCCAGUCUGUUAAACGAAAGGAAAAGGCCAAACAUGCAGGAAGGAAGAUCUGAAUCCAUUGCAGAGACUGUCGCUUGGCUUGGACUUUCAGAUCGGUUGUCAACUAGUUUAGUCUGAUUUACUAUAUACUACUAUAUAUAUACUAUAUUUUUCCUUCUUCUCUCUGUUGGUUCGUUGCGGCACACAGAAUAAGAGAGUACACAGACACUUCCUGUUUCUCCAUACACUGUUUUAUCUUCUUUUUAUUCCCGUACCAGGGGCGUAGCCAGUCCCCCCCAGGUCCCCUUGGCUACGCUGUCCCGUACACAUCAGGGUCUAGCACCAAAACAAAACCCUCAAAUAGAAACUCUAGCAAUUCUGUUUCUAGACUUCAUAGGUUUGGAUCGGGUACCCCUCCUCCUACCCCCCUCCUACCCCUCCCUUCUCCAGGGCUUCUCGUCCUGUAGGGCCGAGUCGUCUGGGUACCCCUCAGACGUUUUUGUUCAAAGACAAGAAUGUAUUUUUUAUCGUGUGCAGCCUGAAUUCAACUUCUGUAAAUUCCAUUUGUCCGUCCGUCCGCCAGUGUUUAAACACGGUUUUAAAGAAUCUGUCGUUUAGUGUGACACGGCUCGUGUGCUAGCAAUGUUAGCAGGUGACGAGAAACUGUAGAUCUUCUGAGGCAUCAACAACAUCGCGAAACGUAACGUCACACGCCGACGUCACAGUCUGUAUGUUCAUAUUGUGAUUGGAUGCAUGGCAUGGCAUUCUUACAAUGCACUGGCAACAAUAUGAAAACGUUGUGACUAAUAAUUGUGAUAGACCUUUUUAGAACUCCAAAACACAGGAGACGUCCCAUGUAAAUGUUCUUAUAUUGGAUUAUUUUUAUGUUAAAAAAAAUGUUAAUCAGAUUGUCUCCCCCGUUCUGUCAAGUCAAGUGCAGAAAUGUUUUGAUUUUGUUCCCUUCCAUCUUAGUUGAGGUAUCCAUGGAAACGCACGCCAUCACGUCAUAGUAGACUGCCGUGUUCCAAGUCUAUUUUACUAGAUUUUUUUUAUCUAAAGGACAAAUUUAAGCUACUACAACUAUUACUACUAAACAUGCGAUUCAUAGAAUGAUACUUCAGUGCUACCUGGUAAUUUAAUUAAUUCACAGAUACGAUGAGAAAAAGUAUAUUGUUAUCGAGGAAAGAUGUAUAAGCAAUAUGUUAUUUUAGUCAAUAAAACUGAAAAAAAACGUAAAUGAAAAAAGUACAAUAUUUUAAAAUGUUACUCAGAAAAAAACAAACAUUGGAAAAUAUAUGUUGCUUCUUUAUUUUGUACUGCAUUUUAGAAAAUUAAAAAAUAUGAAAAAACUGUUAACAUA